AUGAAAGAUACGUCCAUCGGCUUAUCAGCUGAAGCCGGAGGCCUAGUAGCUGGAGCAGAGGGCCUAGUAGCUGAAGCUGAAGGCAAAGUAGCUAGAGCGGAUGAUGGUGUUGAUGUUGAUGAUGUAGGAGUAAUUCCAGUUGUCGUGUACUCAUACAACUCCUCUUCGUCGGUACCCUCUUCUUCAUCGGAUCCCCGUUCCUCGGAAUCGUCUGACGCCGCUGCUGAGGUAUCCGAAGCGACGUUACUGCCCCUGCAAGCAUAUUCAACGUAA